AUGUUUAUUCAAUCAUCAAAUAAAGGAAAUGUAUCAAGAAAAUUAUUUCAAUCAAAUACAACAGAUCAAUUAACAAAUAAAUUGACAAUAAAUCGAAGUAAAUCAGAUGGAAUUGUUGAAAAUAAUGAUAAAAAACAUAUUAAAUUAAGUCCAUAUACUAAAUUGUAUGAAUAUGUCUUAUCUCAUCUUGAUCAUAUUUGUUAUCGUUUAUAUGGAUCUCAAUCAAAUAAAUUUGAAAGAAUCAUUUGGAAUUUAUUUGAAAAUUAUACUCAAUUAUUAUUUUGUUCACGAUUAAUUCAAGUAUAUAAAUCCGAGUGCCUAGUUCGAAAUUAA